AUGCAUCUUAUGUACACCCUUGACAAGGAAGGAAAGCGGGUUUACACCCUCAAGAAGGUCUUGAAUGGCGAGGUCACCAAGUCUGCCCACCCGGCCAGAUUCUCUCCCGAUGACAAGUACUCGAGACACCGUGUUACUCUCAAGAGAAGAUACGGUCUGCUCAUGACCCAGCAGCCUGAGAAGGAAGUUGCGCAGCUGUAA